CCCUAAAGCGACAAAGGCUCAGAAACGGAGGAAAGGGGGAGCGAGGGAGUCCAUCGCGAGUCUCUGCAACUUCUCCUCCGUCCUUGUUCUUCUUCUUCGUCGUCGUCUCCACGAAAAUGGUGGAUCGAUCGCAGAGGCGCCGAGGCGGCGCAGUCUCCUCCGGGGAUACCUCCGCCGCCGCCGAGAAGCUCGCGCAGCCACCUCCGUCGUCUCCUCCGCCGCAUCCGCCGCCAUGCUCCUCCUCUUCCUCCGCCGAUGGAGGCCGCGGGAAUGGCGGAAACGUCGAUCGCCUCCUCUUCAAAAACCUCGUCGAGAUGGUCCCCCUCGUCGAAUCCCUCAUGGAUCGGAGGGCGAACUCGUCGUAUUCGAGGAGAGCGUCUGUGGUGUACACACCGGCUCCGUCUCAGUCGAAGAAGGCUGCUGACACAAAAGCUGGGAGAACAGCUCAUAGUAUUUCUGCAAAGAAGCGAAGAGAUCACGGAGAGAAUGCCCAAAAAAGCAAUCAAGAUGCUGAUAAUGGUGACGACUACUCAAUUAUCUUGUCAAAGGCUAUGGCAGCUGAGAAAGAUAGGGAAGAGAUGGCUAUGUUGCGUGAACAGAUCAGUGACCUACAGAAGAAAUUGCUUGAGAAAGAUGAAGCUCUGAAAUCUGCAGAGAAUACAGUCAACCAAAUGAGUGCAUCAUAUGGGAUCCUUGAAGAACAGGUUGCUGAGAAGGAUUCACAGCUUAAAUCCACUACUUCUCAAUUGCAAAAUGCCAAGAUAUUGCUUGCAGACAAGCAAGCAGCUUUGGAGAAAUUAGAAUGGGAAGCAAAGAUGUCAAAUAGGAAAAUCGAAGAACUUCAAGGAGAUGUAGACUCUAUGGACUUUGAAAUAACUGCACUUAUGAAGGCUUUUGAAAAGUUAUCAGAGAAUGAUUCAGCCACUUAUUCUGAAAAUGGCAUCUCAUCCUCCCUCGAAUUUGAGCCACUUCAACUUGCAGUGGAUGAAAUCGACAACGAUGAGAUUCAGAAGAUGGAAGAGGAGAGAGCUGCCUACGUCGCAGCUCUCACUGCUGUGAAAGAGAACCCUAGUGAUGACUUCUUAUCAAAAGCAGCUGAGGCAAGGUUAAGACUUCGUGCUUUUGUUGUUUAACCUAACUAUAUUUAGAUCGUGGAAUGCUGGCCUUGUUAGUGUAUUUAUCAAGUGUUGAUGUAACUACAAGCACAAUAUAAUUGAUGUUAGUGUAUGAUUGUGUUGCAGGUUCAUGUAAGAAUUUAGAAAAGAAUGGUUUGUUUGUCUUUUCAGCCUAAAUGUUUUGACAGAA